AAAAAAACAGUGAGGGACGGCGGAGAACGCAAGUGACGCGUAAGUCAUUGAUCCCGAUGCGUUCCGCGGCGGCCGACGCCAUGUCGGACUCGGGACUCGUGUCCGCGCAUGGCCCGCUGCUCCCGCCGCUCGUUCUCGCGAUCUUUAUUGCCUGCAUCGCCGGCGCCGGAGCCCUCCUCAACUGCGCUCUUAUUGCUGCGCUACUCAAGCGGUCAAGGAACGGUUUGAUGUCAAUCAUCAUACAACUAGCACUCGCAGACAUUAUAUUAAUAGGCACCUCCAUUGUACCCGAAAUAUGGUCCUACAAUGCAAGAUCAUGGAUGUUCGGAAAAAGCUGCUGCGUAGCAUACCGUGGACUUAGCAUUUUCGCAUCGACCGCAUCCCUUUACUUAAUCGCUACAAUAGCGCUCCAUAGUCUAGCCACCGCUAACGUAGAAGAAAAAGCUGCAAUUCUCAAGAAAAAACGAAGCUCUCGCGAUGAUGAUGAGGAAAUAAGAUCUUCGCGCCACAGUCUCGUAGCUAGCAGUGACACGUCUACGCCACCGCGCACAAUGAAUGUGGAUUAUCGACUCACUGACACAAGAGUGCCAGUUGCUCCCCCGUCUGUAUUUGUAUGGGUGUUGUCUGCAUCCCUAAGUAUUCCAGAGUUCACGUUUGCUACGACUGUCCCUCGGGACGAAGAUAUCGUCGCCUGUACUUUAGUGGACACUAGUCAUCGAAUUAACAUGCACUCUAUGGUCGCGUUUUUCAAUUUUUUCCUGCCAGCUCUAAUUUUAACAAGUGCCAGCGUCCUUAUAUUCUGUAAACUCAAAUCAACGAAGUUAUGUAAACUAGAAGGAAGCGAGACCAUUUCAACCUUGAAAUUAUCCUUGUGGUUGAUUUUGGUCUACGGUGUUUUAUGCGUCCCGCGUUCACUUUUUUACGUUUAUGGGUUAUAUAAAUUUUCUGCAGACAAUAAAAUCGAUUUAGGAUACCACAGUGAUAUGUUAUUGAUAAAAUUAAUAUUAAGUGCUUUGUAUCUCGCUGCAACGUUAUUACGCCCUAUAUUAUGCAUAAGCUUACUACCUAGAUUACUAAAAAUGUUUUCUUUUGGAUUCAGAAACAUCGAUGAAGUGUAAAAAAAUAUAUAAGCAAGAAAAGAAACAAGCUUUAAUAAAGAGAUCUCUAGAUAUAUUUUUAUAAAAUCAGUAACGGCAUUAUUUUAAGCAAGUAGGUAGGUACUAAAAUCACGAUAAGCAAUAUCAAUAAUAGACAUUAUAUUGUAUGAGGACUGAACAAUUGAACAAUGAUUAAUAGUUAUAUAAACGCUAUUUUUUAAGAUUGAAAAAAUAUUUUGUAUAAUAUUUGAUAUUUUGGAAUAUACGUAAACUCCUUUUCAAAUACUUAUCCUUUAAAAUAAAGAACGAUUUUAACUUAUUAAAAUUGUAUUGAUUCGCCGUUUCCUAUAACUACUACUAAUUAGGUACCUACGUGAAGAAGACCAUACAUUUCAAGUGAACAAUUUAGAUGCUAUUAAACAUUUUGCAGUUCGUCAGUAUUAAGAUUAGAUUCGAAAUUAUACAAUGCCGACUAUAUUACACCUAAUACAAUAAUAUAGGUUUGUAUAUUAUGUAGGUACUUCCAGUAGCUCCUUCAAUGUGCCACGCCAUUAUGUGAAUCAAAUAUUUACUGUUCAUGUGUUGGUUAUAAGGCAUAUUAUUGAUAGACUGGGUCAAUAAAGUCCCUCGAUAUGAAGAAUAAGAAUUAGUAAGAAACAUGGCAACACUGAUGAAUAACUAAAAAAUAGAAGAUUUGGAAAUUGUGUUUAUUCAUCACCAUUUAGUUGAUAAAUUAAUGAAUUCGAAAUAAAAGCAACAAUUAAUACAUUUUACUGUACUUUUGAUAGUUUAAUUAUUAAAAUUGCCGCCCUUUGCGAAGUAAAAUAGUACAUAAGUAGGUACCUUAUUAAAAUGGCAAUAUAUUAACUACGGCCACUUUUGAUUUUAUCGGCCAAGGAGUUUAGAUCCAAGAAUAAUAACAAUUCUAAACCAUUUAUCUGGUUAUUUUGCAAAAAGAAAAUAUGUAAAAUGUUCAGUAUUAUGUCGGUACCUCCUACCUAGAUCCAAAUGAGUUCAGGUUUAAUUGGAAAGGUGAAAACUACGUCUAAUAUUACAUAGUUUAGAUAAACAUCUUUUUGGGGUUAUUAGGUGGCGGUUUAUUUAAAUAUUGGUUCUAAAACUAAAAAUUGUAUUUAAUACAAAAGUUUAUUGGUGAAAACAUGAAAAAUAUAAUCGAUUAAUGCCUGAUAAAAUGCAGCAGAAAUGUUACAAUAUUCGUCCAUCACAAAACUAUUUUU